UAAAAGUUUCCGUCCAAGCAAAUAAUAAAUGUAAUUUUUUUAUUAAUAAUAAUAAUGAAAUAUUUAUUUAUACUUGGAUUUAUUUCCUGUGUGUGUGCGCAAUCCGUGUUUUACGAUUCGUUUACCGGAAAUGUUUUAACAAACGACGAUGUGAAAGUACACAUAAAAAAGAAUACAACAUUUUGGUGCGUGAACGAAAUAUUACCAUGUAACCCUUUGGAAGGGAGAAGAAUUGACGGUUCCUGCAACAACCUUAAACAUCCCAGUAAAGGAUCAGCUCACACUCCAAUUCGCAGAUUAUUACCGGCGGACUAUGACAAAGAUUUCGAACCGAGAAAAUCUAAAUCUGGCGAACCCUUGCCUCUGAGCAGAGCUGUUCGAACAGGUGUACUAGCUGAAGGACGACUGCCAGAUACCAGAUUCACCCAAAUGGUACCAAAUUACUGGGUAUAUAUUCUUGGCGAUGUCGUAUCUGUGCACGAUACAGUGAAUUACAUAAGAUGGAAGCCAUACUGCUGUCAAGAGAAAGGCAAGACAGACAAAGCGUGUAUACCAAACGCUAUACCAGAUGAUGAUCCUGUACACAGAUUCUCUUCAAUAAGAUGCUUGAACCUAACUAGACCUGAGAGCUUUCAAUCAAGGGGAUGUUUGAAAAAUGACACGACCCCUGAAAGAAUAUCUACAGCAACACCACUUUUUGACUUAUCCCACUUUUACGGUAAUUCUUUAAAAUUGUUAAACGCAAAGGGAAGACUAUUUGAAAAAGGGUUGCUCAAAAUCGAAGUGGAAAAUGGUAAAAUUUGGCCUCCAAGUGUUAAAACAAAAGACAAUUUGUGUCUCUUGAAUCAAUUGCCUCGUGAAACGAGAUGCCAUGAUACACCGGAAUCGGGUGCUAACAGUGUUUUAGCUCCUAAUCUAUUUAUUAUUUGGACAUGGCGUUUUCAUAACCGUAUCGCAACAGUUUUGUCUGCGUUGAAUCCUUGUUGGGAUGAUAACAGAGUCUUCUUUACAACUAGAGAAAUAGUUAUUGCCAUAUCUAUUCAAAUUUACUUUUACGAGUUAAUGCCUACCGUUUUGGGGUUCGACAAUUUAGUAAGAGAGGGCGUUAUCUCACUUAAUAAGAACUUCAGAGAUUUAUAUAAUGAAAAUAUUCAACCACAAGUAUCGCUCGAAUUUCUUGCCGUACAACGUUGGGCGCACACAAUCCAAGACGGAAAUCUGAAAAUGUACGAUGCAAAUGGUCAUUACUUAAAAGAGGCAAAGAUUGCUAACUUAACACUUAGAACUGGAUAUUUAGUUGAUACUUUGGAAUAUAUCACUCAAGGAGUAUUUAGGCAACCAGCUGCUAAAUUCGAUUACAUAGUAGACCCAGAUAUAGCAGAGACUGGGCUUGGUCCUCAUCAACUCGCGGCUGACCUGCUUACUAGUGACUUAACCAAGAAUCGCUACUUUGGGUUCCCUCCAUAUAUUAAAUACAGGAAGUUGUGUUCGGGAAAGACGUAUAGCACAUUUGAAGAUUUACUCGAUGUCAUUGACCCUGAGAGAAUUGAAUUACUGAAGGAGAAAUAUAAGCAUAUAGAAGAUAUUGAUUUGAUGGCUGGUAUCUGGUUGGAAAAACACGUUAGGGGUGGCUUCGUUCCAGUCACGCUGUACUGUGUCGUGGUAGAACAGAUGAUCAGGUCGAUGGCCUCUGACCGCCAUUGGUACGAGAGACCUAAUCGUCCUAACGCUUUCACUCAAGAACAACUCCUGGAAGUGAGAAAGGCAUCAAUGGCGCAGUUCCUAUGCGCAGUCGGUGACACAGUUACGGAAAUACAACCACUUGCUUUCUUCUUACCUGGACCAGGGAAUGAAAUGCGCAGCUGUAGUAAAAUUCAAAAAGUAAAUUUGUGGCCGUGGAAAGAUUGGAGCUGCUCUGCUAAGCAAGCGGACAAUUUGAACACUGAAGUUUAGUUACCUUAAUAACAUUUUUUACUUUAACACGUGUAU